AUGUGCUCACAUACAGCCAUGGCCUCUGGCGUGGGCAGCCUCGACAGCCUCGACCUGCUGGACCUCCUCUUCGACCGCCAGGAUGGGAUCCUCCGUGGUGUAGAGCUGGGAACGCCGCCGGGCGCCUGGCACGAGGAUGGGCGUGCCCAGGACAGCGAGGACUUCCUCAGCUCCAUCCUGGGCUCCGGGGACUCAGUGUUGGACUCGCCCAGCUGGUCCCCAGCCACCAGUGACAGCGGGGUCUCUGAGGACCCCCCCUCCGACCAGCUCGACAGCCCCCCCAGGUGCUGCGACGGGGGUCCCAGCGAGGUCCUGUACCCCUACACCAACACCUGUCGGGCUCUGCCCUUCCCAGGGGGGUCUGAGGUCCUGCACCCCGAGGUCUCCAUCGACCUGGACAUGUGGCACCCCGGCUUCUUCCUGGAGGAGAGCCAGGACCUGCCCGUCGUCUCCCCGCCCGCAUCCUGCACCCUCACUGUCAAGGACCUGCUGCUCUCCAGCAGCUCUGAUGCUCAGCCGCAGGCGCCCAGCUCCCUGCUGAGGCAGAGCCAGGGGCAGUUCCAGGAGCUGGUGCUGACGGAGGACGAGAAGAAGCUGCUGGCGAAGGAGGGGGUGUCCCUGCCCACCCAGCUGCCCCUCACCAAGUACGAGGAGCGGGUGCUGAAGAAGAUCCGGCGGAAGAUCAGGAACAAGCAGUCGGCUCAGGAGAGCCGCAAGAAGAAGAAGGAGUAUAUUGACGGGCUGGAGAGCCGGAUGUCGGCGUGCACGGCCCAGAACCAGGAGCUGCAGAGGAAAGUCCUGCACCUGGAGAAGCAGAACUCGUCCCUCCUGGAGCAGCUGAAGAAGCUUCAGGCCCUCGUGGUACAGUCAAGCAACAAGGCAGCACAGACGGGAACCUGCAUCGCGGUCCUGCUGCUCUCCUUCGCGCUCAUCGUCUUCCCCUCCAUCAGCCCCUUUGCCCCCAGCAAGGCCGAGGCGGACGGCGACUUCGGACCCGUGCGAGUUUUCUCCAGGUCCCUGCACAACGCGGCCGCCUCCCGCGUGGCUUACGCACAGCCCCAAGCCGGGGACGAGAAGGCCCCAGAGCUGCUGUGGCCAGAGCACCUGGGCGAAGCCCCCGAGACCCUGCACGAAGCCUUCGGUGGCCACACGUUCACCCCACACCCGGACAAAGUCUCCCCCCGUAACGGCACAGAGCCACUCGCCUCGGAGGGGCUGAGCCACGGGGACGGGGAUCAAGCCAACACCGUGUCUGGGGACGGCACCGUGCCGCACCGCAGCCUGGCGCCGCUGGCUUGGACCAAGGCUGGCCACAGCAGGCCCGCGGUGCUGGAGCCGGCGGAGGAGCUUUAA